UUUUGACAUGCGGCCAUUUUUACUUUUCACUUGUACACACAAAAAUCGACCGAUUGGCAAAGUGCGGAAAAAUGCAAUUAUAGUGCAAAAAUUUUGAAGAAUUCUAUUAUUUCUUAUUAAAAACAUAAGACGCUUACAGAAUGUCCGGUACGCAGCGCACAUUUGCACAAAAAUUGAAACAUAACUCAUCCGAGUUGCGAAAAAAUGUCGGAGUUUAUCAUUUGCAAAUAAAGGCUGUGGAUUCCGGCUCAAUGUGUUCGUCCACGCUAUCGCUCACCGAGCCGGUGGAACCCUUGGAUUAUGAGGAGUUUCUCACUCAACACAUGAAUAUAUUGAAUCGAGAUCCCUUGAAACAUAUUCUUGAUUUUCCACCUGCAGAUGUAGCGGUUAAGAUUAUUCCGCGCAAAAUACGUACCAUUGAGCAUAUUGUACCAAAAGAAAACAUCGCCGAGUUGCCAUUGUAUGUCCAGGAAUGUGUCAACUGCUAUACACGACCUUGGAAGGUAGUCGAAUAUGCACAGCGUCACUACUCGAGCUCUUGUUGUGCACGUGAGCGCAUCGACCGUGGCACCAUCAGCCCAUCUGCCUAUCAGCAAGAGUUCGAAAUUGACAAAGAAUUUGCAUCUUUUGAUGAGAAUCUAACCGACAAAAGUGACAGCUGCACACCGAGUUCACGGCAAUCGAUCGCCAGCCUCUCCUCGGUGAGCUCGUGCACUGAUACGUUGACACCGCGUGGUUCUUGGGCUAGCUUUGAUUUGAGACGUUCGGUAAAUGAUCCACUAAUACCCAAUCUGCUUGAUGAUGUGCCGCCAGAACAAAUUGAUCAAACGAAUGAGUCACGUCGACAAGAAGAUCGCCAGGAAGCGCUAUUCUCACUUUACCCAGAAGCCGAUCCAGAGGAUGUUAUCGAACGGCGUUUACCGGCUGAAAUACCCAUGGAGCAUUUGGGCCACCGCAUACUCGUCAAAUGUCUACAGUUGCGUCUUGAGUUAGAGGUGGAGCCAAUAUUCGCCACUAUGGCGAUUUAUGAUGCAAAGGAGCGCAAAAAAAUAUCGGAAAAUUUUUACUUUGAUAUGAAUUCGGAUAAUUUGAAGCGUAUGCUGAGCACACAUGUGCGUUGCGCAGAUGCAAGCACACAAAGUCGUGCUGGUAUUUUCGAGAUAACCUAUCCGAGCAGUGACAUUUUUCUAGUCAUACGGUUAGAAAAAGUUUUACAAGGCGAUAUUAAGGAUUCUGUGGAACCAUAUUUGAAGGACGACAAGGACAAAUAUCGCGACAAGGCCAAAUCGAAUGCUGCAGACUUUUGUGAACGUUUGGGCAAAUAUCGUAUGCCAUUCGCAUGGACAGGCAUUUAUUUGAACAGCAUAUUCAAUGGCGAAAAUGUGGAAAAUAAAGAUGGUGCUGGUGGGAAUGCAGAGAAAGAUGCGUCCGGUGGUGGUAACUUGACCUCAGCGGUUAGCUCUAAUAGCUUGGAUCGCAAGGCAUCCACAAGCAGUUUCGAUCAACUGCGACGCAAAGCGAAUGAUAUGAGCGGCACUUUGACACGGCGUGGCUCGCUCGAGAGAAAGGAGAAACGAAGAUCUUGGUCUUUAGAUGACUUCGCUAAUGUUAUCGAGACUUUCAGGCCAAUAACAAUAACUGUAUCGAGUUUCUUUAAACAAGAAUCCGAUAAAAUGAAAGAUGAGGAUCUUUAUAAAUUUUUAGCUGAGUUGAAGCGUCCCAGCAAUGCUAUGAAAAAAUACAAAUGCAUACCUGGAUCGAUAAAGCUCGAAAUUUUACCCUGCCCCGAGGAGGUGAAAAACGCCUUAACACCCGAGCUAGCCAAAAUUGAUCCCUAUCCGGAGGACAAAACGCGACCGAUUAAGGAAAUAUUAGAAUUUCCCUCGGCCGCCAUUUAUAAUCCACAUUACACCUAUCGAAACUUACUUUUCGUCUCACCUAAAGAAUUGAAUUUCUCAUCACGCGCUGGUUCUGCACGUAACAUCGCCGUUCGCGUACAACUCAUGGCUGGUGAAACACAAGUAGAUGCAGUUAAUGCUAUAUUUGGCAAGUCUUCUUGUCCGGAGUACGCAAGCGAGGCCUUCACAGCAGUUAAUUACCAUAAUAAAUGUCCAACAUUUUAUGAUGAAAUCAAAAUCGCUUUACCGGCUUAUAUAAAACAAAAUCAUCAUCUCUUCUUCACGCUCUAUCAUGUUUCGUGUCAGAAGAAGCCACAAGAGAUGCAACCAUCAGUGGAAACGCCAGUUGGUUAUACAUGGCUACCGCUGCUGCAAGAUGGUAAAUUGAAAGUAGGCGAAUUUCAGCUACCAGUAAUGGUAGAAACGCCACCCGAGAACUACUCGUUCAUACCCCCCAACGUGCAUUUGCCCGGCACCAAGUGGUUGGAUAAUCAUCGCCCCGUUUUCACGAUAACUGUGGACGCUGUAACAGCAGUACAUACUUUGGACCCGCAUUUGGACGGUUUCUUUCUCACUUGCGAUUAUCUGGACUCACGUAAAAUACCGCCGCGCAUCGGUGAAGGCAACAUGGAGAAUGAAAUGAAGAAGGCCUUGUUAGAGAUUGCAAGCGCUGAGCGUGAACCUUUAGUGAAGAAUUUACAUUUGGUGUUGGAUAAAUUGAUAGAGCUCUUGGUGACGACCUAUAAAAUUGGCGGUCAACCACUGUCACUCGGUUCCACCGUCUUUGAAAUGCUUUGUAUGGUGUCUGCGAAUCUCUCGAUACUGAACGAUGAUUUAGUAGUGGAUCAAUAUGGUCGCCAAGCGCUGCUUUCCACAUACGUGCAGUUUCAAUGUCGCAUACCGCAUCCUUUUGGUAGCAAGCGGCGCAUCACCUACAGUCGCAGCAAUGCCGAAGAGAUGACAGCCAGUACAUCUGACACCUACAGUCUAUAUGAAAAUGUUUCAAUUGGUCGCAGCCUAGAUCGCAAGGAACACAUCUUGGAAUUGUCGCCUACAUUCGGUAGCCGCGACGGUCAAAUCCGUUUACUUCACGAAGAAUUAGCACUGCACUGGGUUGUAGCCAGCGGCAAGGCAACUGAGCUCGCUAUGUCCAAUUCAUGGUUUCUAUUUGAAUUGAUUAUCAAAUCGAUGAUUGAACAUUUGGAUUAUAGCUGCGCAUUAGCUGCACCACGCAAGCAGCGUUUUCCACAUCAAUUUACCGACGAUGUUUCGACACUGGUGCAUUUGGUAACUACCAAAGUUGUGGGUUAUCACAGUGAAGAGCCGAAAUUGGCGCAAUCGCUGAAUGCCAGCUUGGGUUUCUUCAUAUUUGAUCUCUUCAGCAUUAUGGAUCGCGGUUUUGUUUUUGGUCUCAUUAAAACCUAUUAUAAAGUGCUAAUUUCGAAGAAUGCAUCCAUACCCGAUUUGAUGAAUUACAAAAUAGAUUUUUUGCGUAUUGUAUGCAGCCAUGAACAUUUUGUGGCAUUAAAUUUGCCAUUCGGCACGCCCUAUACCACGGUUUCAGCUCCCUGCAGUCCAACACCGAGCACAACGUCGAGCAAUAGUCAAACUUCUUAUAGCUCCAUGGAACGCGCAUUGCAUGCAGAUUUGAGCGCUGAUUUUCGCCAGCAACACUUUCUGGUCGGCUUGGUGCUUAGCGACUUGGCGACAGUGCUCGAAGUGCCCAAUCCUCAGCUGCACGGCAAAGCCAUUCGUUGUAUCCGCAAUCUAAUGACCUCACACGAUCUAGAUCCACGGUAUAGCGAGGUUGAGGCGCGCGCACGCGUUGCUUCGCUCUACCUCCCUUUGCUAGGUGUUGUCAUGGACGUCAUACCGCAGCUACACCAAUAUCUCACAGACACACAUGAUCGCCUGCAAAGCAUUGGUCUGCUUGAAGACUAUCAGGGCCCGCACCAGAGCCUCUCCACUUCAACGAUGAGUGCCGACUUCGCCUACGCCAACUCUGCCCAUCGCGCAUACAACUAUCUCAAUGAUCAAAUCAAAAAUAAAUCACAAUUAAGCAGUGAGAAUACACGUCAUUUGCUCGCCUGUUGCGUUUGGGUGUUGAAAAAUCUUGAACGUAGCGUCUUAUAUCGCUGGCUACUCGGUCUCAGUCCACAUCGCGUGCAUCAAAUGUUACAGCUCUUGAACACUUGUAUACCCUGUUUCGAGUAUAAGGGCCAAAAGCGGUUGCCCUCACUUAAGCGCAAUACGCAAAGUUUCCGUAAGCCAACCGAUUUGAAAGAGAAGCUCGAAGAGUGUAUACGUGGUACCAACUCGGCGCGCUAUGAUCUGAUAAACAGACGCAAAGAUCGCAAUUCGACAGAAAAAUUUCGUUGGCGUAAAGAUCAAAUGCCAUACCGUUCGCAAUUAUACGAUAAUACCAACAAAGCAGAUCCGGAAUUGGAGUUAAAUCAUUUUAUUGAAGGCUCUUUAGCCACUGAAAUUUCGUUGAUUAUUUUAGAUGCUUUGGAAAUUAUUGUACAGGUUUCCACCAAUUCGGAAAUGCAUCACAACCUGUUGGGUACAGUUUUGAAAGUGUUGCUGCAUGCACUCUCACGCAAUCAAAGUACAUUAUCGCUUCAAAAUCAGUUUGCAUCGCAGCGCGCAUUAAUUUUCAAAUUCCCCAAUUUGCUGUUCGACGAAGAGACGGACAUUUGUGCGGAUCUGUGCUUGCUUUUGUUGAAGCACUGCGGCUCAUUGCUGCCGGCCAUACGUUCACAAGCUUCAGCUUCGCUGUAUCUGCUCAUGCGACAGAACUUCGAGAUUGGCAAUAAUUUUGCGCGCGUCAAAAUGCAAGUAACCAUGUCUCUCAGUUCGCUAGUCGGCACAAGCUCUGCAUUCAGCGAACAAUCUCUGCGACGAGCACUUAAAACCGUACUCGUCUAUGCAGAAUCAGAUCAAGAUCUACAGGAAACUUCAUUCCCGGAGCAGGUGCAAGAUUUGCUUUUCAAUUUGCAUAUGAUCCUCUCCGACACCGUUAAGAUGAAGGAAUACCAAGAAGAUCCCGAAAUGUUGCUCGACCUUAUGCAUCGCAUAGCCAAGGGAUAUCAAAAUAAUCCUGAUUUACGGCUUACCUGGCUGGAAAAUAUGGCCAAGAAGCAUCGUGAACGCGCCAACCACACCGAAGCAGCCAUGUGCUAUGUACAUUCAGCUGCGCUAGUUGCCGAAUAUCUAAGCAUGUUGGAGUCACAACAGCAUUUGCCAGUAGGUGCUGUUAGUUUUCAACGGGUUACGCCAAAUGCGCUCAUGGAAUCCGCCGUAUCGGAUGAUGUUCUAAGUCCCGGCGAAGAUGGCAUUUGCUUGGGUAAUCACUUUACUGAAAGUGGUUUGAAAGUAUUGCUGGAGGAGGCAUCGAAUUCCUUCCAAAUCGCUGGCAUGUACGAAGCCAUGAACGAAGUGUAUAAAAUACUGACACCCAUUUGUGAGGCGAAUCGAGAUUUUCAGAAAUUGGGCAAAAUACAUGGUAAGCUGCAAGAGGCCUUCAACCGCAUUGCACAGCUACAGGGUAAGCGGGUAUUUGGUACCUAUUUCCGGGUGGGUUUCUAUGGUGCAAAGUUCGGUGAUUUGGAUCAGCAGGAAUUCAUUUACAAGGAGCCGACGCUAACUAAGUUGCCGGAGAUUUUUAGUCGACUACAGAACUUUUAUGCCGACCGAUUUGGUCCCGAUUCAGUGCAUAUAAUAAAGGAUUCGAACUCAGUGGAUGUUAAUUCACUGGACCCCGAGAAGGCCUAUAUACAAAUAACCUACGUGGAGCCCUAUUUCGAAACCUACGAGAUACGACACCGCGAGACACACUUCGAACGCAAUUUCAAUAUAAAACGAUUCAUAUUUGCCACACCAUUUACCAAAUCCGGUAAGGCACACGGUGAUCUGCACGAGCAGUGCAAGCGGAAGACCAUACUCACCACAGCCAAUCAUUUUCCGUAUGUGAAAACACGCAUACAGGUAAUUGCGCGUCAGCAAAUCAUACUCGACCCCAUCGAAGUGGCCAUUGAAGAUAUACAAAAGAAAACGGCAGAGCUGGCGGCUGCCACCAAUCAAGAGCCUGCCGAUCCGAAAAUAUUACAAAUGGUGCUGCAAGGUUGUAUUGGCACCACAGUCAAUCAGGGGCCCAUGGAAAUGGCUACGGUUUUUCUGGCCAAUCUCUCCGAUGGCGUGACGGUGCCAACAAAACAUCAAAAUAAAUUACGACUCUGUUUCCGUGAAUUCUCCAAGCGUUGUGCCGAUGCUUUGAAGAAGAAUCGUAAUUUAAUAUCGAGCGAUCAAAAGGAUUAUCAGCGCGAGUUGGAGCGUAAUCAUGAGCGUUUCGUCGAACGCUUAACGCCAUUUAUUACAUUGACGGUAGCGCAGGCGCAGGGUGUUGUUAAAGCCAAUGCUUACAACAACAAAAGCACACCUUUAAAAUGCGUUUCGGACUAUUUUAAGUAAAUGCGAUUUUGCUAUAUAGUUCCGUAUCGUUUUGUAUUCGCACUUAGCUCUAAUUAAGUAUUAGAUUAUUGUUAGUAUUAAGUUUACCUUUUUUCAAAUCAAAACCCAAAAGUGAAUUAUAUGUGUAAGUAUGUAUUUAAAGACUUUGUGGCACGCGCUUAUUUGGAGGGCGAUCGGUUUUUUGUACCUCAAGCAUUUUUGGCUUUUCGAGCGUAGGAUGUACUGACAUUGAAACGUUAAAUACCCAAAUCGAUCAAAAUAUUGAUAUCGAUAAAUAUGUAUUUCGACCAUUAGGUGGAUAUUGAUGAAUAUUCACACACAUAUGUAUGUACAUAUAUCGAUAUAAAUACGCAAAUCGAUUCUAAUGUUGGAUAUCGAUAAAUUUGUACGUGUAUCAUAAUAUUGAUAUCGAUAAAUAAUUAUAUAUAUGUCAAUCGUAAUACUGAUAGCGAUAAAUACCUGUAUCAUUCAUAAUACCGAUAAAGAUAUCCUAAAAAUAUCGAUAUUAAUGGUUAUCGAUUAAUAUUUCGACUAUAGUUCGAUAAAUUUAUAAUAAAAUCGAUAACGAUAUCGAUGAAAAAUAAGAUAAAUUCAUAGCGAUGGCUAUAAUCAGUUAUCCAUAAUCAUGUUUAUGUAUAUCUGUAUAUAUCGAUAGCGAUAUCAACAAAUAUGUAACAUUUCAAAAUGCUUUAGUUAUUGUAAAUUUUUUAAUAUUAAUAAUUACAUUAGAAAUGACGCAUUCUUUUCACUAUUAUAUUCUUGAUUGUCCUCUAAAUAGCUGCUGUUCAUCUACACCUUUGCACAAAACCAACAUUUUU